AUGAAGGCAGUCAAUUACAUCGGCCCUCACAGGGUCCAGGUCCAGGAUGUCGAGAUGCCCCGGCUGGAGCAUCCAGAUGACGUCAUUGUCAAAGUCACAACAGCUGCUAUCUGUGGCUCAGAUCUGCACAUGUACGAAGGCCGAACUGCCGCAGAGCCCGGCAUCACAUUCGGUCAUGAGAACAUGGGAAUCGUCGAGGAACUAGGAGAAGGUGUUACAAUUCUGAAGAAAGGAGAUCGUGUGGUGAUGCCAUUCAAUGUUGCUGAUGGUCGAUGCCGCAACUGCGAUGAGGGCAACACUGCCUUUUGCACUGGUGUCAACCCUGGCUUUGCGGGUGGUGCUUAUGGCUACGUCGCCAUGGGUCCGUAUCGGGGUGGUCAGGCACAGUAUAUUCGAGUUCCGUAUGCAGACUUUAAUGCUCUCCUGCUGCCACCGGGCACAGAGCACGAAGCAGACUUUGUCCUUCUCGCGGAUAUCUUUCCCACCGGCUGGCACGGUGUUGAGAUCUCCGGCUUCAAAUCCGGCGAGAGCAUCGCUGUCUUCGGCGCAGGCCCGGUCGGUCUGAUGGCUGCCUACUCCGCCAGCCUCCGCGGAGCAUCCAACAUCUUCGUCGUCGACCGUGUCCCUGAGCGACUGGCGGUUGCAGAGAGAAUCGGCGCUAUCCCCAUCGACUUUACCAAAGGCGACGCUGUCGACCAGAUCAUCGCUAUUAACAACGGCAUGGUGGACCGGUCUGUGGAUGCUGUCGGCUAUCAGGCUGUCGACUCCAGCGGUUCAUCCGAGAAACCAAACAUUGUUCUCGAGAAUAUGAUCCGCGUAACAAGAGCCUGUGGUGGACUGGGUAUUCCGGGUCUCUACGUCCCCAGUGACCCCGGCGCAGCCGAUUCCAACUCGGCCAGUGGCUUGAUCAGUCUUAGUUUUGGAAAGCUGUUUGAAAAGGGUCUAUCUCUGGCCACCGGGCAAUGCAACGUCAAAGCAUACAACCGAUACCUGCGCGACAUGAUCAUCGCCGGCAAGGCCAAGCCCAGCUUCGUCAUCUCCCACGAGAUCAACAUCGACAGUGCGGAGAUCGCCUACCACAAGUUCGACAAGAGAGAGGACGGAUAUACAAAAGUGCUGAUCCAUCCGAACGGCGGAUUUCCGGUAUCUACUCCGCCGCAGCCCCAUUUGUAA